CUAGCUCCGACGUCCCGACCCAUUCUUCUCCCUCACGCAAAUCAGAGCUGCUCCGACUGCCAUUUUCUUGGACCCCAAAAGCUUCAGGCGUCCUCUCCUCUGUCCCUCCCGCAGACAGCUCCAUAAACGGCGACUAGAAGCAUUAUAAUGGUACAACCUUGUGCUAUUAAGGGUUAUAAGAUGAAGAAAUCUGAGAGAUACGACAAGGAAGAAGAAGACGAUGGUUCAUUUGAGAUUGAAUAUGGAAUUCCAAUCCCACCUCCACAAUCUCAACAAUCAAAGCCCAAACCACAAGCAGGUGUUAUUUUUGUCAUUGAGAGAGCUUCUUUGGAAGUUGGCAAAGUUGGAAAGACUUAUCAGCUUUUAAACUCUGACAAUCACUUAAACUUUUUAAGGAACAAUGGCAAAAACGAAAAUGAUUACCGACCCGAUAUUGUCCAUCAGGCCCUUUUGGCCAUCUUAGAUAGUCCACUUAACAAGGCUGGAAGGUUAAAAGGAUUGUAUAUAAGAACUGAGAAAGGGGUUUUAAUUGAAGUGAAACCUCGAACUCAUUUGCCAAGAACAUCUAAACGUUUCUAUGGGCUCAUGUCGCAAUUGUUACAAAGGCUAAGUAUAAAGAAUGAAAAAACUCAUGCAAAACUUCUGCGUGUAAUCAAAAAUCCUGUAACUCAAUAUUUACCUAUUAAUUCUCAUAAAAUCGGAUUUUCUUUUAGUUCGGAAAAGUUGAUAAAAAUGAAAGAUUAUGUCCAUAACUUUGACAGUGAUAGAGACAUCGUUUUUGUGGUUGGUGCAAUGGCUCAUGGAAAGAUUGAGCCGGACUAUGUCGAUGAUUUUGUAGCUGUUUCUAAUUAUCCGUUGAGCGCUGCACGUUGUACCACAAUGAUUUGCCAGUCGCUAGAGGAAAAGUGGAACAUAAUUUGAAGUGAAAUUCGUCUCUACUGUUAGGAUUAGCUAUUAAAAAACUAAACUAUUUAUGAUUGUGAGAGAAUUUCAUUUCUAUGCCCUCAUUUUUAUUUUUGAUUGGGAAAUUUUUUGGAAUAAAUUUAUUGAUAUAUGCCAACAUUAUGGCUCAUCCCAAAAAUUGGCCAUUUAGUAAUAAUUGGAUCACUUUCACUCCAAGAAUCAUAAUGGUAAUGCUGUCACCUGCAGAUGAGUAUGAUUUGGAAAUUAACUUUACUGUUGGGAUUUUGAUGAU